GAGCGACAAGCGACACGGAACCUCAAUCAUCAAUGGCGUCGUUCCAACGACCGUCGCAAGUUCUAGAGUCGCGUUGUCGUUACAUCGACGGUCCCUUUAUUGCUGGCGAUUGGCGAUUUUCGCGGAUUUCAGGAAACAAAAUUUUGAAGAAUAAGUUUACACAGAUUUUAAAACAUGACACCUACUAUGCCACCAGAUUCUCAUAAAAUAUCGCUAAAAAUUAUAGAAGCAAUUAAACAACAUCCUAUUCUGUAUAUAUCUGAUGUGAAGGGAUCCACAAUCAAGUUACAAGAGUUUCGACAAAAAGUGUGGAAACGUAUAUCAGAUGAACUGGGCUUGGAUUCUGGAUGGGUAAGACUGAGGUGGAAGAACUUGAGAGACACGUAUUGUCGUAUACUCAAAUAUAAAAACAGAACAGAUAAGGGUGCACGGACAAAAAAAUGGAUAUUUGAGGAUCACUUAAGUUUUUUGAAAUUUCCCUAUGAGCCAGAUUAUCAGCCUCAAUGUGUAGAACUAACGGAGGAAUAUAUCCAGGAUAUAAAUUCUGGUGGCAUAAGUUCCGAAGGUCUUCUUGAGCAGCUGGAAGAUAGAAAUGAUGAAGAUUACAGUGAAUAUUUAGAAGUACUGGAAGAAACAUCUGCAGACCCCAUCUUAGAUGAUUCUCAAGUAAUAGAAGUACUUGACACGGCUGAUCAAAGGUUUCCAGAUCAACUAUUGGACAAUGAUGGAAUACAACAUGUAGAGUUAAACAAUUAUGAACAAACAAUGAGAAAGUACCGAAAGAUUCAACCUAAAAGACCUAAACUAGAACAACAAUCACCAACAGAGAUUCCCAACAGUUAUAGUGUCCUAAAAAGUUCUGUGCUUAACGCCAGCCGCACGAUUGUACAUAGUGCAGACUACAAUACCACAACCAGUCCAGUUUUUCAUAACAACUCAAUAACUUCCACUCCUACGACUCCUUUAAAGGGUAGUAGCUCUUUAAAGCUGCAAGAUACUAAUCUUGAUCACAUGUACCUGGCCCCUGAGGGCAAGAGCAGUAUAGAAUUAUUUUUUAACAGUAUGGCACAAACUGUAAAAAAACUUCCAGCAAAAGUACAGGCUGAUAUAAAAAUGGAGAUUUGCAAAAUAGUUACGGAAGCUGAAGUACGUUACUCUACAAGGAACAUGCCCCAAAGUACACAACAAUUCAUAGCACCACCUGGUAUGAUACCAAAAUUGGUACUCAUACCAUGUAGUAUGAUCGAUGGUCAAAAUAAUAAAGGUUGAUACAAUCAGACAAAUAA